CACACACACACACACACUACACAGAGAGCAGGAAACUUCGGGCUGUCAAAAUUUCUCAGAGAGCCCGUCACUUCACUUAUGAGCGGCGUUUGCACUACAAAUACAGUUUCUGCUGAGCAGGAGGCGCUUUUCUCUGCAGACCCUGAUAUUAAACAAGAAAAAUGUCAGUGAACCCGAAAUUUGUGAGUCCUUUCCACAGACCGCACUUUUUAUCAGCCGCUGCGCCCGCCGGACAAGCCAAACUCACACACCCUGGAAAGGCUAUUUUAGCAGGUGGGAUAGCCGGAGGCAUUGAAAUCUGCAUCACGUUUCCGACAGAGUAUGUGAAAACUCAGCUGCAGUUAGACGAGAGGGCAAACCCGCCUCGGUACAAAGGCAUCGUUGACUGUGUGCAGCAGACGGUGCGGGGUCACGGGGUGAAGGGCCUGUACCGGGGUCUGAGCUCUCUGCUUUAUGGCUCCAUUCCCAAAGCUGCCGUGAGGUUUGGGAUGUUUGAGUUCCUCAGUAAUAAGAUGAGGGAUGAGUCUGGGAAGCUGGACAGCACGCGGGGGCUGAUCUGUGGUCUGGGUGCUGGAGUCGCGGAGGCUGUAGUCGUGGUGUGUCCCAUGGAGACUGUAAAGGUCAAAUUCAUCCAUGAUCAGUCCUCAGCGAACCCAAAGUACAGAGGAUUUUUCCACGGUGUGAGGGAAAUAAUCCGAACACAAGGACUCAAAGGAACAUAUCAGGGAUUGACCGCAACAGUCCUGAAGCAGGGCUCAAACCAGGCCAUCCGAUUCUACGUAAUGACCUCUCUGAGAAACUGGUACAAAGGUGAUAACCCCAAUAAGACUAUUAACCCCCUCAUAACCGGGAUGUUUGGAGCCUUUGCUGGAGCCGCAAGCGUGUUUGGAAACACACCACUGGAUGUGAUCAAAACUAGAAUGCAGGGAUUGGAAGCUCACAAAUAUAAGAGCACCGUUGACUGCGCCGUCAAAAUCAUGAAACACGAAGGACCGGCUGCAUUUUACAAAGGCACCGUCCCCCGGUUAGGUCGCGUGUGUCUGGACGUGGCUAUAGUGUUCAUAAUCUACGAGGAAGUGGUUAAAGUUCUCAACAAGGUGUGGAAGACAGAUUAAUGGAGCGCUGGUGCGGAGCGGGGACGUUUACACAGGGGCCAAAACAUCUGCAACCGCGGAUGACAAAGAAAUUAAUAACCAUCAUUUAAUCAACACCAACUAAUGUGAGACAGAAAUCAAAUACUUGAAAAUUAGUCUAAAGAUAAAUAGUAUUUACCACAAUUUAAAAAAAAAAUGUUUUUAUGUAGGGAUCUAAUCUUUAUUUUUUGAAUAUUAGGUAUAAAUAUUAUAUAUAUAGUGCAGAUAUUAUAAUUGUUUUCCGUUGUUUGUUUUCCUUACAUGUGAUCACAUACUAAGUCCUGGAGGCCUUAUAUGAACACCAUAAAGCUUAAACAGAAUAUGCAUCUUAGAAAUUUGAAUAUAUAUAUAUAUAUAUAUAAUCUUACCCUAACUAUUUUUGUCUUGGGUUAGACUUUAUUUUAAGGGUGACAAUAGUUAUAUUGUACUUACUCAAAUAAGUACUGAGUAAUAUUCAUUAUGUACUUCCUAUAGGGUUAGUUACUUGUAAUUAUACUACAUUUACUGUUAUUACUAUAGUAAGUACAUGUAGUAAUGUGUAACUACGUCACCUUAAAAUAAAGAGUAACCUUGUCUUGUUUUCUACUACAAAUAUCUUAAAUUUAACAGUGAGUGGCUUUUACCCUUAAAACAAGAAAAAUAUUGGGUUCAAAAAAUUAAUUAAAUACAUUUAUGGGGGGAGAUUAGUUUAUUUUCUGACCAUUUUCGCAUUCUUGAUUUCAACAAAAAAUUCUCUUAAUUCUGAUACAUUUUUCAUAAAACAAGACUUAAUCUUUUAUUUUAUUUAUUUAUUUAUUUAACUGUUAGUUUUCUAUUAUGGCAUUUGUUUUUAAUAAUCAAAGGACCAAAAAGGAAGCAAUAGUAGGGUUAUCGAUAGAGAUACAGUAAAUGUAGAGAAAUCAAUAUCAAUAUAGAUAGGGCUAUCAAGAUAUAAGAGCUUUCAUAUACAUUAAAACAACGGUAUCUUAAUUCAUUUUGCUUCUCAAGAUAAGAUAUUUGUGCUGGAAAACAAGACGAAAUCACUGAGUAAGAAACUCAUUUUUAGUCACUUUCUAAGAUGCAUUAAAUUAACCAAAGCUUUUAAUUAUAACACACAAAUGUGUUUUAUACCUUAUAGUGGUACAUAUGAUACAUGCACUUUCACAUUUGGUAUCAGUUCAGGUUUAGUGAUUAUUUUAAGUGCCUAUACUAAAAUACAUCGUAUGAUCUAUUUUGUUUAAUUCUUACUUGUUUACAUUUUCAUUUCCAUAAUUUGUAUAAUUACACCCUUCCAUAACAGUAUACCUUAAUAUCAGUGACAUGCACAACAUGCUGAGCGUAAACACAAAUCGUUUCAAAAACUGAACGGUGCUGUUUCACCAAAGAGCCAGGUAACAGGUAACCAGGUUAACAGUAGUUGAAUGUUGUAAAUAAUGUUAAAAAGGUCAACAGAUCUGACCAGAGCCUCUUAUAUACUGAUCACGGAUCAGUACAUGCCUUAAAUAACAUUCUGUGUGCUUAUAUCGUCUUUUCCCUUCUGCUCUCCUACCUCAAGACUGACAACAGAGGUGAAAUAUUCAGCAAUAUUCAAUAUCUUUCAGAUCAGUGGCAGACUGACAUGCAACAGACAUUGUAAAAAAGAAUUUUUUUUUUUUUUCCAAAUGUAUUUCAAAACUGUCUUGUCACCAGACCUAAACUGUCUUAACGUGUAGUGUGCAACCCUUUCAGAGGUCAUGGGUCAGCUGGGUUUUGCCUUCACCGCACAUCAUGUGUGAUUAUGGGAGAAAGUGUAACUGCCUUGAAUUUACAGAGAGGUUCAAUUGUCAAAACUAUCAUGUGUGCCUGUGGUUCUUAACUAAGUUUAAAGACAUGUUUUAGAUGUAAUGCCGUGUAUCUGAGAUACCAUGUGUCAGCCAAACUUUAGUGUUUAUUUGACUUUGUAAACAGUAUGGCGUAACUCUUUUGCCGGGAUUAUGGCACGAAGUUGAAACAGGAUUUUAUUUUGUGUUUUUGUAAAAGUAAUCCGAAUGCAUUCCAAAUGUGUGACCUAAAUAUGCAUUAAUUGUCAUGCUAACGAAAAAAAAAAAUACAUUGUGCCUUCAGCUCAUGUUCUAAUCCAGAAUAAACUAUGCUGACUGGA